UGUUGCUAAUCGCGGUUCCUGAGAGCACAUUUCUUCAUCCUCGUUGUUGUCAAGUUUUUAACUUUUGAAGUUCAUAUUUGUGUUGAUUAUAUAUAUUAUAUUUCUGGUUAAUUACUUGCUGUUAUUUCUGUUAAUUUCUUCUGCAUUUCUGCAAUUUAUUGCAUUCAUUGAUCUGUUGUUAUUGUUGCAGGGGCAUCAGAACGCAGCCGAGUCAACAUGCCGUGUGUUCAUUAUAAGUUUUUCAGUAAACUAACACACGACACGGUGAUCUUUGAUGGCCUUCACAUCACUCUCGGAGAUUUGAAACGCCAAAUCAUGAGACGAGAGAAACUGAAGCGCUGCGAUCUGAGCAUCAAAAACGACCAAACCAAUGAAGAAUACACUGAUGAUGCGGACAUCAUCCCCAGUUACACCAUGGUGACCGUCAGACGAAUCCCUGGAACUGGACUAAAAUCCACAUAUAACAGACAUGCCAAUAACUGUUCUAAACCAUCCAGUGGAUCUUCAAAAGCAGUAUGUAAACAAUAGUGUUGACUCGGUAGUUUACAUUGUACCGUAUGAUCUCUUUAAGCUGGUCAAAGUUGACCACGAAGAAGCCUGGGACAAUUGGCACAUAUGUUAUUGUACUAUACAAUUCAGCAUGUUAAAACUCUUUUUUAAGAAAAACUUCACAUCACCUUAUAAGUUUCACAUACAUGUUCUGUAAUGAACUAAUUUCAAUAUAAAAUUUGUACCUUGCUGUGGUUUAGCUAUUUUGCUUUAAAAUACCAGUUGGUGGGGUUCUAUUUGCGUUGUUUUAAGCAUGUUUAGUUUGUCUCUCUGGGUGUGAUGGGGUUAUGCCUGCUACUAGUAAAUCUCUUUGUUUUUCUUUCAACAGCAAGUGAACAGUUCAUCACUGUCACUGGAGCAGCUUUUCAGGGUACUGAAAUCCACUGAACAACAUGAAAACUAUGUAAACUGUAUAGGCGCAUAAAGCAUUUAUUUCUAAAUGAACAGACUGAG